AUGAUUAAAGGCUUAAAACAUCACAAACGUCACAAACGUAACAAACGUCAUCAUAAGCGUGGUAAAUACCACCAUGAACCUCCUUCAUCCGAACAAACCCACGAACCUCACCACGAAUUUACUCAUUUCUACAAACACCAUCCUCAUGAACAUCCUAUACAUGAACAUCCUAAACACAAGUAUCCUGAAAACAAACAUCAUAAAACUUGCACCUCCCACGAACCAACUAAAACCACCAGUGCUAAAGGCCAAGAAAAGACCAACAACGCUAUAACCUCAUCUAAACCUUAUACAAAAGCCACCAAUGCUGUAAGCCAAGUUAAAUCUUACGCAGAGACUACCAAUACUAAAGGCCCAGCUAAAUCUUAUACAAUAACUACCAGCGCUAAUGGCCAAGCAAAGACCACCAAUGCUAAGGUCUCAGCUGAAUCUUAUGUAAAGACCACUGGUACGAAAGGUCCAGUUAAAUCUUAUGCAAAGACCACUGGUACGAUAGGUCCAGUUAAAUCUUAUACCACCAAUCCUAAGGUCUCAGCUGAAUCUUACGUAAAGACCACUGGUACGAAAGGUCCAGUUAAAUCUUAUGCAAAGACCACUGGUACGAAAGGUCCAGUUAAAUCUUAUGCAAAGACCACUGGUACGAAAGGUCCAGUUAAAUCUUAUACCACCAAUGCUAAAGUCUCAGCUGAAUCUUACGUAAAGACUACGAAAGGUCCAGUUAAAUCUUAUACAAUAACCACCAGCGCUAAAGGUCAAGAAAAGACCACCAAUUCUAAGGUCACAGCUAAAUCUUAUGUAAAGACUACCGGUACUAAAGGUCCUGUUAAAUCUUAUAUAAUAACCACCAGCGCUAAAGGCCAAUCAAAGACCACCGAUGCUAGGGUCUCAACUAAAGCUUAUGUAAAGACUACCAGUUCUAAGGUCUCUGUAAAGACUACUAACGCUAAGGUUUCAGCUAAAUCUUAUGCAAAGAUCACCACUGCUAAAGGCCAAAAUAAACCUUAUACAAAGGCAACUAAUGGACCGGAAAAACCAAAAACCACUAGUGCUAUAAACAAAACCAAACCUUAUACAAAAACUAGUGGUGAAGGUUUAGAAGAUCAAUUCGCACAUC